AUGGUGAAGCUCCACUCUCGUGAGCCUCUGUGGGCUAGCCUGUUGUCCUUUGCGACUCUGGUCCUUGCCGACGGUUGCGAUCAGUCGGAACCCGAAUGCUGCUACCAGGCCUGGUCAUCCUGGUCCUCGUCCAAGCGAGCGUUCGAAACCGGCUCGCCCAGCCUCUACUCCACCGCGCUCCGAGCGUACUCCACCGAGAUUCCUAACCCGUCGCUGACCACCCUGUGCGACGGAUUCCCCGGCUCCUGGGCCCCGACUACGAGACCUUUACGUCGCAUCUCGGACGAGGACUGCACGCCCUUCAUCCUCGACUACGAGUCCUCCUCGGCCGAGUACCAGACCAACGCCUCGGCCCCCUGGCCCAGCGUGCACCCGCCCUGCACCACGUACUCGGCGUGCCCCGGCGAGGGCGAGGGCAUGUGCAAGAUGAUUGCCGACGUCGCCACCAUCUACUACUGGCCCGCCACUGUGACCGGCGACUCCUGCGGCGACCGCACCACCCUCACGCACGACGACCCCACGCGCACCACCGAGCUGCACGGCACCACCUUCACCUCGCCCAGCGUCUACGUCGUCGUCGACUCCCUGCAGGUAGCCAGCUACGCCGGCAAGUACAAGGCCAAGGGGUGCGGCCACGACCUGUACAACCGCGUCAUCGCGAUGCACCCGACCGACGUGAGCACCCACUUUGGUCCCCUCAAGAAGAACAACCAGGUCUUCCGCCAGCUCGACCUCGCCGACCUCAACAGGCCCGUCCCCGCCACCGCCUAUUUCGGCGUCGACCCCUUACCCGACUGCGCCGCCGACCCGGACGUCUGCGCGACGUCGACCAUCUCCCUCGAGACCGAGGUCUACCGCUGGCUUUCGGCGCCGACCCAGCUGCUCCGGGACCUCGACGCCACCGAGCUCGCCGCGUGCGACCUCCACCCCAGCCAGCGUACCGCGCUCGGCGCGGAGUGGGUCGCCCUCGAGCCGACGCAGGAUGGGUGGCCGGAAAUUACAGGGGUUUCGUCGUCCGAGGGCGCUGCCGAGACUAGUGUUUCUGGGGAGACGAUGAGUAGGCGGCGAUUCAUUGAAGAGGACGCGCUGCCCAUCCCCACUGCUUUGGGCGAGCUAUUGAAUUGA